AUGUGGAAUCAGGGGGGGGCUCACCCCCAGCAGUACAUGCAGCAGCAGCAGCAGCAGCAGCAGCAGCAGCACAUGCAGCACUACAUGCAGCAGCACAUGGGGGGUUAUGCUCCUGCAGGGUACGACGCAACGCAGCAGCAGCAAAUGCACCAGAUGAUGAUGCAGCAGCAGCACUACAUGCAGCAGCAGCAGCAGCAUAUGCAGCAGCAGCAGUACAUGCAGCAGCAGCAGCAGCAGCAGCAUACGCCAGCAGCAUACCCCUAUCAGCAACAGCAGAUGUAUGCCCAGGGCUACGGCUACUCCCCCCAGACAAACUCUUCUUACGGCUCCCCUGCUGCUUCUGCUGCAGCAGCAGCGCCAGGCAGCGCAGCAACAGCAGCAGGAGCAGCGCAUGCAGCAGCAGCAGCAGCAGCAAGUCCUUAUGGACAAACUGCACAGAUGUCUCCCUACGGCUCUGCCUUCAGCAGCAGACAAACAGUUCAGCCGCCAGCAGACCCCGAGCUUGCAAAACGCAUCCGUACUAUGGCAGGCAAAGUACUGCGGCCGCAAUCCCGAGAUGGAACGGCUGGUGCGGCAGCGAGACGGUACCUGGUGAGCUGCUUUGAGAAGGGUAUAACUCCUGAGCAAGAAGCAGCAAGGCCGCCUCCUCCUCCUCCUCCUCCUCUUCAGCAGCAGCAGCAGCAGCAGCAGCAACAGCAGCAGCAGCAGCAGCAGCAGGUGGAAGUAGGGUGGUCCUAUGACGUUGAGUCUCUGCUGCUGCUGUACAGACAGCCGCAGCAAGAAGCCCCCUUGAAAGCAGAUAAAGAAAAAGAAUUGUCUGAGUUAAUUAAAACAAUUGAAGAUGAUGCAACAGCAGAACAUAUACGAGCUGCUAGGAAGUGGGUUGAGGUCUCCUGCAGCAGCAGCAGCAGCAGCAGCAGCAACAGCAGCAGCAGCAGCGGUGAAACAGAUGCUGCUGCUGCUGCAGCACUUGCAGCAGCUAUGUACAGACAGCAGAAAGAAUUAAAAACACAAACUCAUAAACUCAAUACCCUCUAUCUAGCACAUGAUAUCGUCCAG